CUUUAUUCUUUCCGAUUCCACUAAUUCAUUCAAUCUGCUGCUCCAAAAUCCAAAGUGAUUUAAUUAGGAUAAGGCAAAGGGAGAGACUGCUACCACAUCAAGGGAUUAUUAGUCUCACCUCGACCUCUCGCAGCCCUCAGCAAUGGUGCACCAGGUGUCAACGAUAGUGUUGGAGGUUGAUCUUGCAUGCUCACGCUGCAAAGAUAAGAUCAAGAAAGUCCUCUGUAAAAACCGCGAGAGAUAUCAAAUACAGGAGGAGAUAUAUGACGAGAAAAACAACACCGUCAUCGUCAGUGGCCAAUUCUGUCACAAGAAGCUUGCUGAAAAGCUCUGUUGCAAAGCUGGAAAUGUCAUUAAAUGCAUCAAGAUCAUUGAGAAAAAGCCUCCCAUCGAUCCCGAGCCUCCGUCGCUGCCUCCUCCCCCGAGCCCAAGCCCAAGCCCAAGCCCAAGCCCGAGCCCGAGCCCGAGCUCGCGCCUUCGCCGCCGUCUUCUCCUCCAGAUCCUCCUAGUGUGGUGGUUCUUGAUAUUCCUCCGCCUGAACCAGAUUGUUAAAAUAAAAGUGAGAGAUGAAGAAGACGAGGAAGAGGAAGAAGAAGACGAGAGAGAGAGAGAGAGAGAGUAAUAUUUACUUGGUUCGGUUAUCAACUCAACCUACGUCAAAAUGUUUCUUUCAAUCAUGAUCAUCUUGUGGGAUUACAAUCCGUGUUAUAGGGAUAAUUUGAAUCUUUUAAGAAAUCGAAUUUACCAUAUUUCUGUUACAA